AUGAAUAACAAGAUAACUCAGAUCACAGAGUCGGCCACAGAUAACUCAGACGAGCAAGUGUCUGGUUGUCCCGCUGGUUGGACUCAGUUUGGCUCUCGCUGCUUCAUUUUCUAUCGCCAGGCAAGGGUAUGGGCCGAUGCCGAGCAUAUAUGCGUCUCUAUUGGUGGGAAUCUGGCCUCCAUCCACAGUGCUGAUGAAAACACCUUCCUCAGUGACCUGAUUUUAAGAGUGUCUAGUGCUCGCCACCGUACCUGGAUUGGUGGCUAUGAUGCAGUGAGGGAGGGGACAUGGUUGUGGAGUGAUGGCUCAAAUUUUCGCUACUUCCGCUGGUACAUCAGGGAGCCUAACAACCAUGGAGGAAAUGAAAACUGCAUAGAGAUGAACUUUGGAGGUACAUCAGCAGGAUUGUACUGGAAUGAUAUCCCUUGUCACCAUGGAAAACCUUUUGUUUGUGGCAAGGAUCUGUGA